AUGUCAACCACCACCAUCCCCCCGCCGUCCGCCAACCAGGACUACAAGGCGAGCCUGCUUCCUCUUCUGAUCUCCAACAAUGUGCUCUCCUUCGGCACGUACGUCCUGAAGUCUGGUCGCGAGUCGCCCUACUUCUUCACCUCCUCUCUCCUGCACACCGCUCCCUUGCUGCGUGCCACCUCCGCCGCUUACGCCAGUGUGCUCUCCGCGGAGCCAUUUGUCUCCACCAACGCCGACGGUGUCAUCAAGCCCAACUUCGACAUCAUUUUCGGACCGGCUUACAAGGGCAUUCCGAUCUGCGCGGCAGUCACCAACGAACUUGCGGUGCGGGACUCGUUAGCUGCAUCGCCCCAGGGCACCUGGGACAAUGUGAGCUACUCGUUCAACCGCAAGGAAGCGAAGGCCCACGGAGAAGGUGGAAACAUCGUCGGAGCACCUCUGAAGGGCAAGCGCGUGGUCAUUGUGGAUGAUGUUAUCACCGCGGGCACUGCACUGCGUGAGGCCGUCGGCAUCAUUGAGAAGGAAGGAGGAAUCGUCGCUGGUGUGGUGGUCUUGCUCGACCGUGAGGAGCGAGUGAGCGAUGCUGAGCCCAAAAGCGCUAUUGGUGUCGCGCAGAGAGACCUGGGCGAGAAUAUCCCGAUCCGGUCAGUCAUUGGUCUGCAUGACUUGAUCGAAAAGCUGGGUGACCAGAUUGGCGCAACGGAGAUCCAGCGGUUGAAGGAUUAUCGGGCACGCUACGGUGCUGAGUAG